AUGCGGAUAUUUGGCACAAUUGCUGGGCGAUGUGUGCAAAGAUCUAUGUGGUUUCACACCAGGUGGAUGGCUGUGCGAAGACCCUUUCAUCACUCGUGGAGGAUGCUAAACGAAGCUGGAGAAGAGGACAAAAUCGAGCAGAUAGCGGCCAAGAUCGCGCGAAUCAAAGUUCCCAAAGCCAACAAGAUGCCACCUCGACCUAAGAUCAAUGAAAAUGAGAUCGAGGAAAAGUUCAUAAAGGGAGGCAGCGGCAAGGGCGGUCAGAAGAUCAACAAGACCAACAGCAAGGUUCAGCUGACGCACAUACCUACGGGGAUAGUGGUCACGUCGCAGGCAACGCGAUCAAGAGAUCAAAACCGCAAAAUUGCACGAGAGAUUUUGGCACAGAAGAUUCAGGACCAAGCCAACCCUGACACAAGCAGAAGUGCCAUGGUCAUACUACGGAAACAGGCCCGCAAGAGUCGGGCUAAACGCAAGACGCGCAAGAAGUACAGACUGUUGGACUCUGAAGACGAUACCCAUGAGACAAACGAUAAAUAA